AUGCCAGGCGACCCCCCCCUGCCACCGCCCUCCCCCGCGCCCUCACCCGCUCCCUCGCGCCUGCGACGCACGUUAAACUCGCUCCGCUCGCCGUUCCGCUCCGGGUCGCCCUUCCACAUCGGUUCGAUCAAGCGCUCUAUGUCUACGAAAUCCUUCGCUUCAGACGGUGAGAUCACGCGCGACGAACGCACGAUGCGUAAACGCAAUAAGAAGCACCGCGAAGUAUCCAGCGAUGCCUCUCGGAGCACCGACAGUUCGCCGAGUGUCGAUAAGAAAAAAAAGGAAGGCGGUGGGAGCUUCAUCCGUCGAAUGGGCAGCAUCGGCAAAAAGCGCGUCCAGCCCGCUCGCGUAGACUCUGCCGAAAGACCCGUAGAGUCGGCCGAAAAGAGCUUGGAGUCCGUCGAAUCCGGGUCAACUUCAACACCGACCCCGCCUCCUCAUACUGACACUGUAGAAUCGACAAUGGAGGGCCCGCCGACUCCGCCUCCUGAGGCGUCGGUUAUCGAGGCGGCGGCUGUCGAGCAAGAACAACAACAAAUAGAACCGGAAACACCAGUUCCGCCGGUCAGUGUCAGCCCGAUCGCCGUCGAACACCCCGUAGCGACGCUUCCGUUUACGAAGGCCGCGUGGAAAAAGCGCAGUGAGCUUGAAAUGGAGAAGCCAGUGGAGGAGCCGAGCCCCGGCAGCGCUCUGAAGCGACGGAUAGCUUUCGUAGCGCAAGCUUCCGCGUGCUUGUCAGAGGACCGCGACGACGGCGAAGAGCGGGGUGAGAGCGAAGUGGGGUCGCUGGAGGAGGCGGUGGCGCUGGCUAGAGUGCGGCUCGCAGUCCCGUCGGCGCCCUCGCCGGCACACUCGCGCGACACGGACACUGAAGAGGAGGGGUGCACAGACGCGAUGCCGGCGUACGGAGACCUGAUCGAGCCGGAGUGUAAACCGGGCCCGGACGGCGGCGGCCAAGACCCGGUGAGUGAGAGCGCAGUGGGCACGGGUGGGCCGAGCGAUGCGCGCGCGCCAUGA